AUGGAUAUUAAUCGGAAGGAACAAAAAUUUAAGAGGCGCAAGGUUGUUGAUGCCAAGUAUGCCGAGAAGAUUUGGAAAAAAUUGGAGCAUGCUAUCAGUGAAAUCUACAAUUACAAUGCUUUUCGUCUUAGCUACGAGGAACUCUAUAGAGAUGCAUAUGAAAUGGUAUUGCACAACUUUGGCGAGAUGCUGUAUACAGGGGUAGAGUCCACUAUGACUGACCACCUAAAAGAGAUUUCAAAAGGUUUAGAAGAGGCCAAAGAUGAGUUGUUUCUGGAGGAAGUCCACAGAAAUUGGGUUGAUCAUAAGAAAGCUUUGCAGAUGAUCCAUGACAUUCUGAGUUACAUGGACAGGACUUAUAUUCCAGAUAGCCAUAAAACCCCUACCAGGCUUUUGGAUACGCCAGGCUUAGUGAAUAUGCUUAUGGGUGACAAGCUUGAGGACCUGAGAAAAAUGUACAAUUUGUUUUGCGGGGUUCCAGAUGGUCUUUCAAUGAUGGAGGCUGUGAUGGCUUCUCACCUCAGAGAAACCGGUGAACAGCUUGUUACUGAUAUGGAAAGGGCAAGAAAUCCAGUAAAGUUUGUUAAGUUCCUCUUGGAUGUCAAGGAGAAAUAUGAUAAUAUAAUAUAUCUGGCAUUUAGCGAUGAUAAGACAUUUCAAAAUGCUUUUGAUUCGUCGUUUGAAAGCAUCUUUAAUCUGAAUCCUCACUCUGCUGAAUUCGUCUCAUUGUUUCUGGAUCAUACACUGAGGAAAGGUCUGAAGGCAGUCAGUGAGGAGAAUGUUGAGGCUGCCCUUAACAAGAUAGUGAUGCUCCUCCGUUACUUAAAGGAGAAAGAUGUUUUUGAGAAAUACUAUAAGCAACACUUAGCUCAACGGCUGUUAUCAGGAAAAUAUGUUUCUGAAAAUGCUGAGAGAAGUCUGAUUCUUAUGCUAAAGGCUGAAUUUGGAUAUCAGUUCACAUUAAAAUUAGAAAGAAUGCUCGCGGAUAUGGUAACUUCUCAAGAAACAAUGCAGGGGUUCUAUUGGGCCCAUGAUGCUGAGCUGGUAAACAGUCCUACAUUGGUUGUCCAAGUUAUGACGACAGGGUCAUGGCCUCCCCAGCCCACUGUCACUUGCAACCUGCCAGCCGAAAUUUCAGCUCUCUGUGAGAAGUUCCGCUCUUAUUACCUAGGAAUUCAUGCAGGCCGUAGAUUGUCUUGGCAAACAAACAUGGGCACAGCUGUCUUGAAGGCAAUCUUUGGGAAGGGGCAAGAGCAUCAGUUGACUGUAUCCACUUAUCAGAUGUGUGUCCUCAUGAUGUUCAAUAAUGCUGAUCAGUAUAGCUAUAAAGAGAUCGAGGAGGCUACAGAGAUCUCUCCAUCAGACUUAAAGAGGAGCCUGCACUCCUUGGCUUGUGUCGAGGGAAAGAAUGUACUGAAAAAAGAUCCGGACACCAAGGAUGUCAGUGAGGGGGACUUAUUUUCCGUGAAUGAAAAUUUCACUGGCAAAAGGUACAAACUAACUAUAAGAACUGCUUCUGCUCAAAAGGAUUCUGAUUCUGAGAAACUAGAGAUAAGGCAGAGGGUGGAGAAAAACCGAAAGCAUCAUAUUGAUGCUGCAAUAGUACGAAUAAUGAAAUCAAGGCGACUGCUGGAUCAUACUGAUAUCAUCGCGGAGGUCACAGAGCAUCUGCAGCCAAGAUUUCUGCCGGACCCUAUAGUGAUUGGACAAAGAAUUGAAGAUUUGAUUGAGCGUGAAUAUUUGGAGAGGGAUGGCACUCGAAGAAACUUGUACCGAUAUCUUGCCUGA